GAAAUAAAAUGUUUGCUUGCUGCUCUACAGUAACUUUGGAACAGGACCUCAACAAAAAAAUGCAUAUCUGGAUGCUGCAGACGAUCGCAUUUGCUUUAACAUCACUAGUCCUUUCCUGGGCAGAAAGCAUCGAGUAUUAUGGGGAAAUCUGUGAUAAUGCAUGUCCUUGUGAGGAGAAGGACAGCAUCUUAACAGUGAGCUGUGAAAACAGAGGGAUCAUCAGCCUUUUUGAGAUCAGUCCACCGAGGUUCCCUGUUUACCACCUCUUGUUGUCUGGGAACCUUCUGAACAGGCUGUACCCAAACCAGUUUGUCAAUUACACGGGGGCUUCGAUUUUGCAUCUGGGGAGCAAUGACAUACAAGACAUCGAAACUGGGGCCUUUCAUGGUCUGAGAGGUUUAAGGAGGCUGCACUUGAACAAUAACAAGUUGGAACUUUUACGGGAUGACACUUUCCUUGGGCUAGAGAGUUUGGAAUACCUACAGGUCGAUUAUAAUUACAUUAGUGUCAUUGAACCCAAUGCCUUCAGCAAACUGCAUCUGUUGCAGGUGCUGAUUCUCAAUGAUAACCUCCUCUCCAGUUUGCCCAACAACCUUUUCCGUUUUGUGCCCUUAACUCACCUGGACCUGAGGGGUAACCGGCUGAAGCUGCUGCCCUAUGUGGGCCUCCUGCAGCACAUGGAUAAAGUGGUGGAGCUGCAGCUGGAGGAAAACCCCUGGAAUUGCUCUUGUGAGUUGAUUGCUCUAAAGGAUUGGCUGGACAGCAUCUCAUACUCCGCGCUGGUGGGAGAUGUGGUUUGCGAGACCCCUUUCCGCUUACAUGGUCGAGACUUGGAUGAAGUCUCUAAGCAGGAGCUUUGCCCCAGGAGGCUCAUCUCUGAUUAUGAAAUGAGACCUCAGACACCACUGAGCACUACAGGGUAUUUCCACACUACCCCGGCCUCGGUCAACUCUGUGGCCACUUCUUCUUCAGCUGUUUACAAAUCUCCCCUGAAGCCCCCCAAAGGGACCCGCCAACCCAACAAGACAAGGGUGCGCCCCACCUCCCGCCUGCCCUCAAAAGACCUGGGAUACAGCAACUAUGGCCCCAGCAUUGCCUACCAGACCAAAUCCCCGGUGCCUUUGGAGUGCCCCACUGCCUGCACUUGCAACUUGCAGAUUUCUGACCUGGGCCUCAAUGUCAAUUGUCAGGAGAGGAAGAUCGAGAGCAUUUCUGAACUGCAGCCCAAACCCUAUAAUCCCAAGAAGAUGUAUUUGACGGAAAACUACAUUGCGCUGGUACGCAGGGCAGAUUUUGUGGAUGCCACUGGGCUGGAUUUGCUGCAUCUGGGCAAUAAUCGGAUCUCGGUCAUUCAGGACCGGGCUUUUGGGGAUUUAACUAAUUUGCGAAGGCUGUACCUGAACGGGAACCGGAUCGAGCGGCUGAGCCCAGAGCUGUUCUAUGGGCUGCAAAGCCUGCAGUACCUCUUCCUGCAGUACAACGUCAUCCGGGAGAUAGAGGCAGGCACCUUUGAAUCUGUCCCCAACCUUCAGCUCUUGUUUUUGAACAACAAUCUGCUGAGGUCUUUGCCAGGGAACAUUUUUUCUGGUCUGUCUCUCUACAGGCUGAGCCUGCGGAGCAACCACUUCUCCUACCUGCCGGUGAGCGGGGUGCUGGACCAGCUGAAAUCCCUGCUGCAGAUCGACCUGCACGAGAACCCCUGGGACUGCACCUGCGACGUGGUGGGCAUGAAGCUGUGGCUGGAACAGCUCAACACCGGCGUCCUGGUGGACCAGGUGAUCUGCGAGUCCCCUAAGAAGUUUGCCCAGAGCGACAUGCGGGCCGUCCGGGCGGAGUUGCUGUGCCCCGACUACUCGGACAUCGUCCCGCGGGAGGAGCUGCUCUCGCCGGUGCAAGACGCCGACCGCUUUUACAGGGGCAUUUUGGAGCCCGACAAACACUCCCCCUCCGCGCUGGGCACCCCCGGCUCCACCCUCCCCGACUACCCCAAGCUCCCCGCCGCCUACACGUACUCGCCCAACUAUGACCUUAGGCGUGCCCACCAGUACUUGCACCCGGGGCCGGGGGACGCCAGGCUCCGGGAGACGGUGCUCUACAGCCCCCCGAGUACUGUCUUUGUAGAGCCCAACAGGAACGAGUAUCUGGAGCUAAAAGCAAAACUAAACGCAGAGCCGGACUACCUCGAAGUGCUGGAAAAACAGACCACAUUCAGCCAGUUCUGAGAAACAGCCCCCCCGCCCCCCGUCCCCUCGCCAGUCUCAGCAGCUCCUUCUCUAGAGUAUUUGUAUUUAACAACCACACGCAAAACAAAGAAACGUAAAUGCUGACCUCCCUACACACACACACCUCGCCCUUCCCCCCCCCCUUUAAUUCAUUUUAUUGUAGGGUGAAGUGCCUUGGCACAGGACUUUUCAGCUUCGGGGAAUGAUUCUGAAAGGGUGUGCUGUUCAGUUUGGUUUGGUUUUGGUUUUUCUUUUCUGUUACUGCAUUUGGAAGUCGGAGACCACCUAUUGUGUAAAAUGGGCACAGCACUGGCAUUGUGCGGGUGUCCAUGUGUGUUUGGGGAAGGUGGCAGGAGGUUUCACGGUUUCUUGUCAGGUCACAUUCAGGAUUCAGGUCGUGCUUUUUUUUUUUACAGACAUUCUUUAGUUUAAUUUUCUCUCUGGUUGAAGAAUACAGCGCACAUUUUCCCCUUUUAGCCAUGGGUGAGUCUAAAUGGCUUUUAUGGAGAGAUUAGCACACCCCGACUUUAAUACAAGGUUUCCUUUUUUUAAGGAUGUGUUUGUAUACUUUCUGGACUUUUGAAUUAAAGAAAUAUAUAUUAUGAUCUUUAAAGGGAUCACUGUAGAUGUGGACAAAUCAUUAAAGAGUGCAGAGAUAUAUGAUCCAUAACUGGUUAGUGAAAAUAACUUAUUGAUGAAAUAUAAAAAAAUAUUUUAUUGUAGCACCUAUUUUUAUAUGCACAUUAGCAUUUCUCUUUCCUUCGCUAUUUUAGGGCCUAAUCUUGCAAAUUUUUAACCCACUUGAGUAUCUCUAUUUGUGAAAAAAGUCCCAGCUUAGGCCUUCAUCCUGCAGGCACUUAAGCACAUGGACAACUUUACCAAUGCGUGUAGUUCUGGAGACUCACUCAUUGGGCAAAGUUUGUCAAAAGCCCAAAAAAUUAGGAAAGAGGAUACAGAAUUCUUCUUACAAGUAAAAAUACUGGAAUGUUUGAGUGUUUCUUUCUUUCUUUCCUUUUUUUUUUUUUUUUAGGAUGGGGUCCAAAGGUUGUGGAUUGCUUUAAAGUAUUGCACUACAGUGAGAGCUUUUUUCCCAAAUCUGAUGUAGUAUCAGAAGAACCUUUUAAAUCUCUAUAGAUAAUGCCAGUUAUGACCAAAUCUUAACAGACAAUCGGAGACAUAAAAUCUGAUCACAAUAGGAAAAAUAUCAUGUUUCUCUAUUGAAAAAAUGUGUCUUUUAGCAACCUCCUGCUCAGGAGUCUGGUUGGGCAAACUAGUGAGGGACAUGUAGAAGGCAUUCAUUUAAUCAGUAAAAAAAGGUUCAUUUUUGAUUUGUCGGUUUCAUUUUUUUCUUUUUUUAAAAAAUUUUGUAUUAGUUAACCAAAAUAUAAUGAUUUUGCAACUGUUGUAGCCAGUUUAUGAUUGUUUAGUCGAGUACAAUUGCACUUGUACAGAUCCACAUGUUUACUGGCAUCCUGAAAGACCAAAUGAUGGACUGUACACAUCUCUAUGAAAUGUCUUUACCCCUUUGGGCAGCAGGCAAUGGCAAGGAUAUUCAUAAACACAGCAUCACUGUAAGAUGGGACAGCUGAUGUCUCAUAUGUAUCCCAGCACAUGUGAUUUUUUAAUAGUUUCUGAAUAAACACUUGGUAAAUAUUUCAAAUGUAAGAUCCUGAAGUAAUGAGUAUCUGAACUUUGAAAUUUCUGGCCAAAAUAAUCUGUUUGUACCUUGGAUUCUCUUUACUAGCAAUUAAGGCUCAUCAGAAAGAUCUAAUGUUCUAGACAAAACAUAAUGUGUUCUCUGUUUUCGUAACAUGACAUGUGGUAAUUACCAGCAUAUAUAACAUGGGUCAGAAAGCAACACAGGGGUAUAUGUUUCAACAACAUAUUGAACAGGAUAGUUUUAUAUUUGUAUUUUAUUUCCUUACUGAGGUGUUCUUUAAUAUAUGGAACAGGGUAAGUGAUAUUUCACAUGUCUUUUCUUUCUUCAUUUGGUUAUUAUAUUUAAUAUUGUUUCCAGGGUUGCUCACUAGUACAUCUUUUAUUGCUAAAGGGCUCUGUUCUAUUCUGAAUUUCCUACCCAUGUACAAUCUGUCACUUUCUACAAAAACAAAGCUGUAUAACUGGUCUGUUGGAAUUCAAGAAAAAUGUUUUCUUGGCAUGUGUUCUUCCCUCUAUGCCACCCACACCGAGCAAAAGCAAAAAAAAAAAAAAAUCAAAAAACAAGCAUGACUGUAUUUAGCUUGGACAGUUUAGUAAGUGGAGUGUUAUUUCAGUUUGAAAUGCAGAGCUAAGGAGUGUUCUUUUGUCACAAGAGACAUAACAAAUAGCUAUUCUGUUCACUGCUCUCCAUCCUGCAAACUUCCCAUUGACACCAGUGAGAGAUGUGUGUGUGGCUGCCUGAGGUGCAGUUUUGGAGCCCUAACUUUGAAUUGCUGUCUUUAUAACUAUUGCUGAAACCAGUGGCCUGGUUCUUCUUCCAUUUAAGCUCAGUAGAGGCAUGCUGUUGUUAAAUGGGUAUAAGUAAGAAAAUUUUCAGCCUUGCUGACUUUGCCAGAGAAAGGCUAGUUCAGAGAGGAUUGAAGGAGAAGCUCCUGCAAACGUUGUGUCUGUUCAUGUGUGUAUAUAUAUCUUUCCUGUGUGGUUCUAAAGUCACGUUUAUGAGUUUGCAUAGGUGUCGGUACAAGCAUAGGAUGAGGUCCUUAGUGUGAAAGGUACAUUUUGCAUGGCAUUCUGCCACAAAGAGGCAGCAUCCGCAAAUGAGUAAAUGAGCAGGAAUUGCUUGGAUUUGUAAGAAAUAGCUGAAAGAAAUCCCUUGACAUUCUGUUUGUGUUUGCAUUCUGACACUGCCAUUUCUGAGGUCAGUACUACUGCUGCUUCAUGUGUUCUACGUGCAUUUGAUAACUGCUAAUGAAGGAUUUUUCUAAUGGCCUACUCUACAACCAGAACAAUUAAUCUAAAUCUUUUUGACAACUCACCUUCAGCAGAAAAAAAACAUGUUAUCAUUUGUGUUACUGGAGAAAAAGAUUAAAUUACAUCAAUUGCCUACAUAAAGUGCAUUCCUGAAGAUAAAUCCUUGAAAAAUAAUACAGAAUGAAAAAUAAUAUUCUUUAGUCAGUAAUCAUCCUGAGACAUAGCUGAAAGGGCUAUUUGUGAAUGAGGACUUCAAUGGAAGUAGGAGUUGCCACUCAAUGGCUAAAAUGAUAUAUCAUCUGUGGAUAAUUAUUGUAAGAAAAAGUAGAUGGGAAUAGAAAUUGGCAAAGGGAGAUGUCCCUCUGAUUCAAAAAGAGGAUAAGAGAUAAAAUAAUUUCUUUGAAUCAAAAUCCACCCUAUUUAUAGAAUUCUGAAUAUUAUUUUAGGUUCAUUAUAAGACUGGUUUAGGUCAGUUGCUAAAGUGAUAUUCCCCUCUUUUUUUUUUCUUUUUUUUUGUUUUUUGUGUUUUGACAAGUAAUGUUGAGCUUACUGAAUCACUCAUGUGAUCUCACAUUUUACUUCAAAAGUUCCUAAAUGCAUGAAAUUCUGUGAUGAACAA